AAAACGACGUCAAGAUGACAUUAACAGCUUACAACAUAUUUUUGUGAACAUUCAUAUUUUAUUUAUAAAGUUAUAUUUUAGUUAAACGUAUAUUUAUAAUGCCUAAAGAAUGUCCUAAACCUAUUACUACAGGGGGUAAAGGAAAUCUUGGGUUUAUUAAGGAACGGGAUCCAAAAGUAUUCGCCGCUGGUGUCCCAACGCGUCAGGCAGAUGAGAGUGUGAAAGACGCUUUGCAACAAUAUCUACUCAAAGAUGAAGUCGACGCUCUACUGAGUGACGCAAUCAUACCGCCACCUGAACCGCGUCCACUCCCACCCCUACGUCAUCCAAUACCUUUAGAUAAGCGACAUGGGGGCCUCUGUGGGCAAGCUCAUGCUCUUGUUAAUCCACCCGCUAAAACAAAAUUUCAAAGCCUUGUAGAUGAUUUAAAAGAAACUUCUUAUUCAUCGUACUGGAACAAACCACUUGGAAAAGUAAAAGAUCCAGUUCCAAUGUUUCCGGAGGGAUAUGAUAUAGAAGGAACAACAUAUGGCAAAAAAUUGGAUACUUCUCAGCCCCUUUAUGAGUUUUUAUUCCCUAAAGAACCAAUACCUGAUAAAACACCUCCCUCAAAACAGGCUGGCGCACAGACGGAUCGCAAAUAUUGUGCACCCCCUUUUAACAAAAAAUUAACAUACGGCCACCGUUCCUGUAUAGAUCCACGUGGUAUAUAUGCUCGGUGUUGUCUUACUAAUGACGCAAUUAUGAAUGGGACAGCACAUAGGGCUAUACUUAACUCAAUCGAAGCGAAUUACUUGGAUACUCAUACUGCAGGAAUGGGGCAGGUACUAGCUCCGAACAAAAACAUUACUGCAGUUCCCAAAGAUCACGCUUUUGGCAAAGUGUCUCCUUCCGAUAAUUUACCAGAAUGUCUUACUUUCUGCGAGAUAAACAAAGGAUUAGAUUUUUUUAGAUCUUGCUUUAAGCAUCUGAAUACCGUACGUAAGGGCUUGUCUAAAAGAAUACUGCCAAGUUUCUAUCGCAACUUUUAUUUUGAAAUUAAAUAUUAUGAUAAAGAAAAAAUGGGGUGGGUACCGAAAGAAAUAGUUUACAAAUUAUGUGGGUCCCAUCUAAUACGAUUUGAUCAGCAAUUGAUUGAGCCUCUUUUAUCAACAUGGCAAGCAUUUGACGGUUCUAAAAUUAAGUAUGAAACAUUUGUUCAAGUUUUGGAUUAUAGAGAACCUCUUCCUGAUGUUCCUAAAAUACCUGAUGUACAAGAAGACUGCCUUGAUUUUCGAACUACUUAUUCUGAAAUGGUAAAACCAGGCCAACCGAUUGAUACUAGGCGAAUGGCUGGUGUACCCUCGGGUCGGUACUUUGAUUUGAAUUACCCGAUAAAACCUGAUAGGAUGAGUAAAGCAGAUAUAAUUUGCCUUCCUCAAGAGUCAGAUGCUAAAGCAUGUUUGUGUCCAAGUGUGUUGACGCAAUUCUUUGUCUCGCAUCGUGAUAUGUACCAAAAAAGAGAACCAGAUCUCGUUAGAAGAGUUUUUGAGGCAACUGGAGAAAAGUUUUCAGAUGAAAGUUUCAAUAAGAUUUGGGAAGAAGCUAAAAAACAUCAUUCAGAAGGCUGGGUCUGUUUCGAGACAUUUCGACAGGCGUUGGGAAACUACGAGUAUACAUGAGAUUAAGUGAAGAGAAAUCAAAAGAUGGUCAUCAAUAUUUUUAACAUGAUGCUUUAUUUUCCAAAUAUUUGUAUUAAUUUAGACAAUAAUUAUUUGUAAUUUCAAUUUUAAAAUUGAUAGAAAUGUUAA